AUGGAAACCACUGCCAGCGAAAAGCAGCCCAAGCACGAGCAGACCAGCGUCUUCACGACCGAACUCCACCCCGCCGACACCCGCGAGAGCGAGAGCGACUUCGAGGGGCCUGAGCAGCACAGGCAGCAAAGCGAGGAGUUGUCGUUUGAUGACUUCAAGAGAUACCUCUUCUUCAAGCUCCAGGCCGGCUACGACAGGGGCAAGGUGAAUGUGUAUUCCGUCGCACUCUCCAGCACCGGACGCACACUAACACUUCCCAGGUAUGCCAUCUCCCUCUUGAAAAGGUUCAAGGUUAAAUACAUCGACAGGGCCAUUUUGUUCGCCUUUAACCAUCCAAUUGUUGUUACCUUUAUUGUCGUUACCUUAUUCGUUACCUCACCUGUGUUGAUUCCCUUAUCGAUAAUGUUCUUUAUCAGCGCUUUCGUCUCCUUCGUGGUCUUUGUUGGGGCCUUCGCCUUUUGGUUUGGCACAGCUUUUGUCUUGUUGCCUUUGAUAUUGACCUUGACUGGUUUGACUAUCACCUCCUAUUUGUUUGUUUCGUCCAUUUACAACUUCUACAUCUCAAACUACGAUCCAAAAUCCUUUCAAAGAUCCUUCUUGCGAAGAUUGGCAAACAAAUUUCCUCCAUCUAUUGGUACAAUCGAAGUAGAUCCUAAAAAGACCCCAAAGGAAAAAAACAAAUCGAAAAUAGUCAAUACAACCAGCAAUGUUCCAGCUUCUGUUUCAAAUAAGAACUCAAAUAACGAUUUCCAAAAUACAGCUCAAUUUCCAGCAGAAAUUGAUACCAAUUCAACUCCCCAAAAAAAUCUAUCCAUUGAUCAACUAAUUCAAUCUCAAUCUCAAGUUCAACCUCAAUCUCAACCUCCGGUUAACCCCCAACUUCAAUCCUCAAUCUCAUCUCUCUCUCCAGCUCAACAAACUGAAAAACUACUCUCUCCGACCUAUUAA